GUGCAAAGUGGAUUGUUAGUGGAGAGGCUAGUAAAGGUUUCAGAAGUAGUGAAGAGACACUAAUUACUUAGUCAUACUUAUGACUGAAUUGGAGCCAGUUAGAACCAAACAGAAGAGUUCUCGAAAAAUUCGGAGGAAGAAGAAACGUUCAGAAUCAACAACAUCAGAAGAGGAGUGGUUCAGCAGCGAUGAAAGUAUCCAUGAAGGUAAUAUUGCUGACGACCAGGAGGAACAAAAGUUUGCCAGUGGACCUUGGACGUAUGAUCUCGAUGUGGUGCUCGUAAAGAAAGAAUUUGAAAUCAAAGAUAUUUGUCGAGAAAUGAAUGCUUCCGACUUCACAAUUGAAUAUGUGCAAGAAAAUGGUUUGGAAAAGCCUCUCCUGUUCAGAGAUUCAUUGAGCUCACUCGGAAUGAAGAUGCCAAAGGAUGGGACGCUCACUGCACGAUGUGUGCUGAAAGCAGUUGGUGAUCGCCUGGUUGAAGUGGUUGAUGUGAUGACACAAGGUAGUCGGCAAAUGAUGCUCAGUGAUUUUGUUGAUUAUUACGAGUCCCCACCAGCAGAACGAAAAGAUCUGCUUAACUUACUUUCACUUGAAUUUUCUCUCACAUCGCUUACGAAAAGAGUACGAGGACCAACGUUAGCUCUAGAAAUCGACUGGGUUGAACUAUAUUGGCCAAAAGAUUUGCGAAACUCCCCAUCUACUUUUCCUAAAGUACAGAAUUACUGUUUAAUGAGUGUUAAAAGAUCUUUCACUGACUUUCAUAUUGAUUUUGGUGGCACGUCAGUUUGGUACCACGUUUACAAAGGAAGAAAGACUUUCUGGGUUAUUGAACCUACAGAAGAGAAUAUACUGAAGUACGAAAGGUGGAUAUUGGAAGGGUCGCAACAUGAAACAUUUUUCGCCGAUCUUGUUGAUAAAUGUGCAAGAAUCGAAUUAUAUGAGGGUUAUACCUUUAUUAUUCCAUCAGGCUGGAUUCAUGCUGUAUAUACUCCAGAAGACAGCUUGGUUUUUGGUGGGAAUUUUCUUCAUAGCUUUUCUGUUCCAAUGCAGUUACGAAUCAUGCGUUCUGAAAACAUUCUUAUGAUUAAAGAAAAGUACCGUUAUCCAAAUUACAUGGAAAUGGUAUGGUAUGUGAUAGAAAAUAUUAUUAAGAAAGCAACCAGUCGCAUCUACAAAACUAAUAAAACGGGCAAAAAUGUAUCGGGUAACAACGAUCAGAGUGUCGAUAGCAAUGCUUUAAAAGAAGAAACUGGUGCCAAUAUUGAUGGCAUCAUGAUUCAUGUGGAUAGUAUAGUGGAAAAUGCUACAGAUAAUGACAUAAAAAAAGAAGCAGAUGGUGUUGUAACAUAUGAAGGAAAUACAUCAGCAGAAGUAAAGGGGAGUACGGUGGAAUCAGCUGCACUGCAGGUUAAAUCGUCAUAUAAAUCGAGAGAGAACAGUUUGACGUAUAAUGAUGAAUAUCUUUCAACAAUCAGCAAAAAGGAACGCGAAGGGUUCAAAUCGUUGCUGGUUUAUAUGCGGGAGAUUGUUGUGGAUCAUAAAGAUUCGGCAGAUCAGAAGAAGAAUGAUGUGUUGGAUGUUUUUGAACAAGUACUAAAUCAUGAAGUUCCCGAACAUUUUGUAAUCGGAAAAGAAAAAAGGACGAAUGAACAGCAAAUACCUAAGUUGAAUCAGUGGUUGAAAGCUUUUGGGAAAAAUAAAUCGCCUACAGCCAAGCGAAAAGUACCUCCCAAGGAAAAAGUCGUCGAAAUGCAACAGUUUGCGAGACCUAAGCCACCGAAGUCAAAAGUCAAAAGCAGCAAGAAGCCGGAUUAUCAUAAACCUGAUGGACCAUUAAUUGUGGGUGGCAUUCCACCAGCUAUCAUGCCAGCUGAUGCACCUCAAGCGCCUAACCCGUAUGGCUACGAUCCUUUGGCUUCUGUUACUCCUCUGGGACACAAACAAUUACCUUCUGCUUAUAGGCGCACACCCGAUAUGGCAAAGGCACCACCGAGCCAGAAAUUCCGUCUUCAGCCUCAGCUGUACAAAGUUGUCGUAGCUACAUCUGAAAAAAUGGAAGCAGUACCUGAAAAAAAUCCAGACAAGUCCUGGUCGACAACUGUUAUACCAACACCUGGACCUUCAAAUGAUAAUAAAUCGGCAGAAUAUGAAAGCAAAACUGUAACUAUUGCACAGGCGGACACUGAAAAGAGCUUUCAUCAUAAUGAAUUAGCACGAUCUUAUCGCGAUCGAAACAAAGAUAGUCAGCGUGAAAAUCGUCAUACUGUAAAGGAAGAAUAUCCAGAGCUGCAAUAUCGAUCACCUCUGGUACGACCUGGUCCAAGCAAUAGGAGAACGAGUGUUGCUUCGAAAAUUGGUGAUAAUUUAUACCGUUAUUCGGGCAAAGCUUUCAAACGGCGAUAUACUGAUUCAUCUUCGACUAUUGAUUGCUGGUCAAGUGGGAGCAGAGGUACGAGACGUGCAAGUGACUGUAAUUCAAAGAAAAAUGAAUACUUUACUUCUUGGCGUUCAGAAACGCAUCGUAAAUCUAAUUCUGCAGAUAUGUCUGGCAUUUUCUCACAAUCGUUUGUUCGAUCUUGGCCUGAGAAAGUGCCAGCUGUCAUUCGACAUAAUUAUUUAGUACCUGGUGAUCCUCGUCUUCCAUCUACGGAAGGAUUAUCAAAAUGGUCACCUGCUACUAAACUUGCAUCAACUAAAGACCAUGAAAAAUGCAAAGACUUUCCGAUUAUCCAGCCGAAACGAAUUAUUGAGGAUGUCCAAAAACGGAGUUCGAAUAUCAGAAUGAAUGUUUCGCCUCCAGGUUGUCAGAAAACAUCGUCUGCAGUGGGUCUUGUUGGAAACUCGCAAUAUGUUCCUCUGCUGAAUCGUGAACGAAAUCCUACUCUAGCACCACUUUGUGAUUUUAAAGUCUCGAUGCAGUAUGCGCCAAAAAGUGAACAUGGUACGGUUGCAGUGGCAUCAUCGCUUCCUUUACCCAACAAAUGUUCAGUUUCGCUCUCAGAAUCCCAUGGGAAUACAGUAGCUGAACCUGUAAAGUCUGCAGAGGGAAUUAAAAAACCUGAAAUCCGAGAUUUGUCAGUUACAUUGAAUGAGGACAAGGAAGAUGGUGCAGAAAUUAUGACAGCAGCUGAAGAACUGGCAGAAUUGACUAAAGUUUUUGAUGUCGAUGAACGACAUUCCGAGAAGGAUAGGACUGGGCCCCUUAUGGCUACAGUUGAACAGAGAAAGUUGAAGCGACAAAACUGGAGUAACUCAAAAAAGACUGAUGACAUUGAGAAACAUAAUUUAUCUCCUCCUGAAAAUUUAGAAGCUGAUUCAAUUUCUCCACCGCCGAAAUUAUCAAAAAUUCCAACUGAAACUGUUUUACAAAAUUUAAGUUCACUCACUGCGGAAUUUAAUGCUGUUGUGGAUUGAAAACGAACAAUUGUCGAUGUUUUAUUUGGCACAUUUAUUUCUAUUUAACUGUCGAACUAAGACAAGUGUACAAGUAUUGUUCCAUUAUUCGAAUUUCAUUUAUUUAAUAUUGUUUUCGUUACUAAAAGUAUUUUUGAUAUUAAGCAUUGAACCAUUAAUAUGGGAUGUCGAAAUGUUUCGUGUUAAGCAGUUUUAGGUAAAUUCUAAGAUUAGAGAAAUCGUACUAUU